UUUCCAUUUUACAAUGACCAUUGUACAUUUGUACGCCGUACGGUUAAAGGACUUGAACGUCAAUAAUGCAAUAGUGCGACGCAUUUACGAGAUUAUAAAAUAUAAUUCAUAGUCUUGUCGGGAAAAGGCAAUUUUCAAGGUACAAAGAUUAUAAUAACAAUCUUAUAUUAAUGAUGUUAUUUUGAUUAUUUUGCACCAUAUAAGACAGUUUAAUUUUAUUAAUAUUUAUUACACAUCUGUACUUCGUGUCACUGUACUUGCAGAGCUGCGCUGCUCAAGAUAUGGGUACGCGGAAAACGAGACCCCAUUUCUACGGAAAAAAUGAUUCGGGAUUUUACCCAACACAACACAUUUUUUCUUCACAAAAAAUAAAAAUGUUUAAACAAUUCGGAGGUGUGUUUGACGUUAGUAGUUGGUAGUUGGUACUUGAUAGUUUGGAGUACUCAAUUUGGAGUGGAGGUUACCUGAUAUUUUCUUGUCGGUCUCGUCAACAGCCUGCCCGAGCUCCAUAACGAUUAACCGUCAAUGUCCGCCAUUAAGUUAAACGUACGUUGAUCGGUGAUCAUUCAGCUCAUUGUGAAUUGCGCUGUCUUGAAACAAUCAGCAUUUCUGAAUAUCGAAUAAUCAAAACCGACUAUCGCAGAAAAAAAUAUUUGGCGCCCUUCUUUAAAUUUCAAACGAUUAUUCCAUUAUAUUAUUAAUUGUAUUCACGCCUUAAGGUUUAAUUUAUCCGUUAGUCUCACAGCUAACAAGACAAAGAUGGAGUUUAAUUUCAAUAUCGGAACCGUGGUCACCAAUGAAGUUCUGAAGAUUAACAACAAACUAACGGUCGAAGGACAUGAAAAAAACGAUGAAUUAAAAAACAUAAUGAAAUUGAUCAUUGACGAAAUGGGUAAAGCAUCAGCUGUAUCACAAGAGUUAAAGUUGCCAAUCACCAGCGCCAAUAGACUUAUCAAUUCUGAUCAUGUAAUUUAUAUGAUGACUGAACACAAUAAGCCAGACUAUGAUUACUGUAUUUGUAUUUUCUUAACUAGGCAUUUUGCUGUUGUUGGAUUUUUGAAGAUGGGAUGGAAGAAAUUGUUUCUUUAUGACAAACAAGCUUCUCGGUCAGAAGCCAAGGUCUAUUGUUUGUUGGAUUUUUACAUACAUGAACGCAGGCAGCGUAAAGGUUAUGGAAUUCGCUUAAUGGAAUGUAUGCUACAGGAUGUUGGUUUAGAGGCCAAACAUUUAGCUAUUGAUAAGCCAACAAAAAAAUUAUUGCAGUUUAUGUGGAAGCAUUUUCAAUUAUCUAAAUUGGUAAACCAGGGAAAUAAUUUUGUUAUCUUUGAAGAGUUUUUUCAAAACACACCCAAAGAAGAAAAUAACCAUGACCAUACUGGAAAUCGUGCUGAAGCAUAUAAGAGUCAAUCAAUGUUUGGACGGCAUGGAGCUCAUAAACAUCAUGAUUCAAUGGGCGAAAUUUUACAGGGCGAAGGUGACGCUGCAUUUGUUAAGUUUAAAUACAACCAUGACAGUGAUGUUGUUGAUAAUCAAUUCAAGGAAGUGAAUCCACAUCCUGAAAGUAAAGGUGCAUUUAAAACUGACAAGGAUGGAUACUCAGUAAAACGAGAUCUUAAAUUCCAUCACAAUUCUUUGUGGUAACUUAAAUUGACAACAUUUCCAAAUAAUUGCACUAUGUGUUGUGUCCUUAUGCAUAAAUUUCA